AUGGAGACCAAAGGCAACCCGAAAGACUCGAUGAAGUCCACCUGGCGUACUGCCAGCAGGGAUACCUGGAGCCUCGGACACUGGCUCAUCCAUAUACUCAACGCCUACCCUUUAGAACUGGACAAAGAGGUACCGGUGCACUCCAAGAAUGAACCGAUCCCGUUCAUGCCGCAGUGGUCGAUGAACCUCUGGGUUAUCUUCUACUCGUCCCUACCACUGGCGCUUCAUCAGGCCUAUGCAUGGUACACAGGACGCAACCUGGGUCCUUUAGCCACCUUUAAUCUGUAUAUGUUUGCCUUCAAUGCGAUCGUCAUCUACCAGGUACACAUACUCCGCCGACUCGGUCACAUAUACGGCUUCCUGGACGGCGACAAACAUGAACGAGACGGCGUUCCCGACGUCGGGGUCGGUAAGGUCGUGGCCUCGGUGUACAAAACGACCGGUUCUCGCUUGGCGCUAUCAGUGUACUUCUCCUAUCAGACGAGUCAGCUUCCCGCACAGAUGAACUGGUAUUGGUUACCCAUUGAGGUUGGGCUGUACGGGAUCGUGCUCGACUUCUGGUUUUACUGCACCCCAAUCCUUUGCUCACGGCAUACGCGGACCAACGAGCAGGAGUUCGGCGACAUGGUCGGGGUGCCGAUGAUGACCUACUUCACCCUGCGGCUGCUGGGUCUGCCGAUGGGCUUCUACGAGUGGUGGAUCUGCCAUGAGUACGUUGUUUUCGCAGAGGUGUUCGGACACAGCGGCCUGCGCCUGCAUCUCACUGUCCCAUCACCCCUCAGCUGGCUGCUGCAGUGGUUUGAUGCCGAAAUUGUCAUUGAAGACCAUGACUUGCACCAUCGGAAGGGCUGGAGGAAGAGUCACAACUACGGCAAGCAGACUCGUCUUUGGGAUCGGAUCUUUGGAACCUGUUAUGAACGAAUCGAGUCUGCGGCUGAAAAUGUGGAUUAUGCGAAUACCGCCAGGAUGCCAUUGUUCUGA